AUGUCACAGGAGAGCGAUAGGGCAUUCAGGCUUUACGAUGUAGACAACGAUGGUUUCAUCACAAGAGAAGAAAUGUACAAUAUAGUUGAUGCAAUCUACCAGAUGGUGGGUCAGCAGCCAUCCGAAGACGAGAAUACACCUCAGAAGCGGGUUGACAAGAUUUUCGAUCAGAUGGAUAAGAAUCACGACGAUCGUCUCACACUGGAGGAGUUCAGGGAGGGCAGCAAAGCCGAUCCCCGAAUAGUUCAGGCGCUCACGUUAGGGCCGGAAUAGCACAAGGAAGAAGGGGCCACGCCCGAAAAUAUUUGACGCAACCAAGAAACACGAUAAGAGUUGAAAGUUGGUUGAGAAAGGGUAAGGCGAGAUGUCAAAGUGAUUGAUUGAUUCAAAGGUUGAUAUUUCCACUACAAAUUAUAUUUUACCAAUAAUGUUUUAAGAUAGUUCAUUUUAUUGCCUUUCUAAUAUAUCUGAGCCAUAGCAGUAUUUCCAUCAUAUUAGAAAAUAUCGUGAUAUCGAAUAUCAAAAUACGCAUUAUCAGACUUAUCGUAUUCACAGGAUACCAGUUGAUUGUUCAAUUUUUUGGUUCGAAAGUACAUCAGAUUGAAAAUUUGGGAUGCACUGUUUGGAACCUUUCGUGUAGUAAUGAAUAU